AGCUUGUACUUUGGGUUAGGAGUCUGUGUAAUUGCACUAAUAGGAUAUUAAAAAAAUGAGCAAACCACUGGUGUUAUGUUCAUACCUUGAUCGUUCUGCUGGGAGAUGGAAUGGUGUUACCGAUUUCUUUGUUAACAUUUUCGAGAAGAGAUUUAAGAUUAUCUGGAUGGAUGACUUUGAACAGGAUGUUGCAAAAUAUGCUAAAGAUGUGGUUGCAAUUGCAUCUUUUAUUAAGAGGCCACCUGUCACCGAAGAACUGAUUAAAAAACUUCCCAAUUUAAAAAUUGUUGCCAACAUUGGAGUUGGGUAUAAUCAUCUGGAUGUGCCAAUGAUUCGCUCAUUUGGUGUGAAGGUUUCAAACACACCACUUGUUCUUGAUGAUGCAACAUCAGACCUUGGCAUGGCUCUAUUGCUGAAUGCAGGACGGCAGCUUCAUUCAAAUAUUACUCUUUUGCGAUCUCCUGAAACAACUCAAAUUGAUACAAACUAUAUGACAAAUGAUGUGAGUGGUACCACCAUUGGUAUCCUUGGAAUGGGAAGGAUUGGAUACAAAGUUGCACAGCGAGCAAAAGCCUUUAAUAUGAAGAUUCUUUACCACAACAGAAGCAGAAGAGACGAGGGGGAAGAAGCCAACAUUGGAGCUCAGUACUACAGCAACCUCAAUGAAAUGCUGCCACACUGUGAUUAUGUUAUGGUCACAUUGCCUUUGACAGCAGAAACCCAAAAAAUAAUGGGAUCUGCUCAGUUUAAGUUGAUGAAGUCUACGGCUAUACUUGUCAAUAUUUCUAGAGGUGGUACCGUGGACCAAGAUGCGCUCGUACACGCGCUGACACACGGAGAAAUUCAGUUUGCUGCGCUUGACGUCACGGAGCCAGAACCUCUCCCACGUGACCACAAGCUGCUGAGCCUCGAAAACGUAAUCAUUACACCACACAUGGGAAGUGGUACGCUAAAUACAAGAAUAGCCAUGGCGCAAAAAGCAUUCGACAACGUUGUUGCUGCAGUUGAUGGUACAGCACUACCAUCCGAAGUAUUCAAAUAAGCUACGCUAUAAAUCGUUUCAUUACCGAGCAAUGCAUGUUCUUAUCUUAUUAAUUUUUCACUAUUCGUGCAAUUACCGAAUCGUGCAUUCCAAAUUUUAGCACUACAUUCGUAAUUACUUACAUUCCAUAAAGACGUAACUGUAUUUGUAUCAAAAGCUAUGGGGAACAGUA